AUGGUUCUUCUCACCCACGUUCUGCGCUCGCUAUACGCCGAUGGCGGCGAUGGCUCUAUCGCCCGCCGCUGGGAAUUCCAUGAUGAAGAUCCGCUCAAGGGUAGCGACCGGUCGCUCUUUAUUGCUAUGGGUGUCAUUGCCCUCUGCUCAUUAGGUUCUACCCUGGGACUUCUGUCAUUCCUUACCUAUCGCUUUGUUUACUGGCAACGGUACUACAAGCAUCCGCUCGCUAAGAACCAAUAUGUUGUUUUGAUUUAUAAUCUGCUGCUGGUCGAUUUCCAACAGGCAAUUGCUUUUACUAUCAGUCUAUACUGGGUAUCCCGAGGAAGUGUUCAUUUUGGUGAGGCUGCCUGUUACUUGCAGGGCUGGUGGAUUCAAACAGGAGAUCCUGGCAGUGGUCUAUUCGUCUUGUCGAUCGCCUUUCAUACUGGCUUCGUCGUUCUACGUGGUCGACAACUACCCUUCAACAUCUUUAUAUACGUGGUCAUCUCUCUAUGGGCCUUUAUCCUUAUUUUGGGUUUCAUUCCGAUCGGCCUAUAUGGAUCCAAGGCGUUUGUUAUUUCCGAAGCCAACUGGUGCUGGCUGAGCCCCGAACAUGAGAGUGAGCGUCUAUGGGGCCACUACUUUUGGAUCUUCCUCUCCGAGUUCGGUACCGUUGUUCUAUAUGCGAUCAUGUUCAUCUACCUCCGACGCCGUAUGGCACAAGCAAAGAUGCUUCGGCGUGGCCAACAAGAGUCUCUCCACCGAUUGAAUCGUGUCGUGAUAUACAUGGUCAUCUACCCUCUGGUCUACUUGGUUAUGUCACUACCCCUCGCUGCCGGUCGCAUGGCCAGCGCCCGGGGUGACACGCCCAGCAAGACCUACUUCGGUGUUGCCGGUUGUCUGAUGGCCAUGUCCGGGGCUAUGGAUGUAGCUGUGUACACUCUGACCCGUCGCCACUUGCUUAUCGACACCGAGCACAGUACCACCGAUCCCAACUACGACAAUACCGACUCCCAAUGGCAGACCAAUAUCACCACCAAUGCUAACCGUUCGCGCAAGGCCUUCAAAAUGGGAUCAAAGCUGGGAUCGAAAUUCCGUCGCAGUACUGUGCCCGAUAAGGAAAGCUCCACUAGUCCUUUCGAGGGUGGCUCUACCGACGAUAUUGUCGCAAAGAACGACAUGGAACUGUCCAACUUUGGUGGUGUAUAUCAAGAAACGACCAUUGAGAUCUCUCAUGAGCCUGUUUCUGAUAUUGAAGCGGAAGAACGAAGCGCGCGUCACAGCGGUUAA